CUGCUUCUUUACAGUCAGGCUGCGCUGCAUUCUCUACAACGUAUCCGUACUCCGUACCUCAUUGAUUUUCUGAGAGUUUCAAGCUUCGACAAGUCUCCAGAGAAAGGCUCCAGAGAAAAACUCCCCGUCAGAACUCCCCGCCGCACUCACCCAAGAGUGACUAUUUUCCUUUGCACAUCUCCCACCACCACCAUGGCGCCAUCACCGCAUGAGCUGUCGUUUUUACUGGACCCUCUUGUCCCAGAAUCACUCACCCACAAUACAAGGACACUAUCUAACAUCCGGUCGAUCUCUGGCCUCUUACUCGGCAUCGCCGCUGGCAUUCUCGGUCUCGAAUCGCUCCAGGGUUUCGGGUUCUAUCUCGCCGCGAACAUGAUCCUUUCCGCUCUCGUUUAUUCCUUGCUUGCGGGGGCGACACCACAAAAAUAUUUCGCUGGCACUUCGGGCACGAGAGGGUUGAAUGAGAAUGGAAAAGGAAGGAACCAAGGCAGUGGUGCGUGGAGGGAGAUAUGGCUCGGUGGAGGGCUGUUUACGGACGCCCUCAGUGGGUUCGUGCUGGGAUGGGCCGGUGUUGGAGGUGUGAUACGAUGAGAAGGUGUUGAUUGGGAGAAGUAAUUGGUCACGCACUUGACGCUGAGGCUGUCGGUUUGGCAUGGUCCAGAAUGCAAUUCACUCGUAUCCAUCCGGCAGCGUCCUCGAGGCUGGCCACUGAGAGCACCUGAUUUUGGGUUGUGUAUGCUUGCCAUUCAUCCAGACAAUGAUAAGGUCAGUGCAAGAAGACCCUCCAUGGAACGGAUAUUAGUCGACGCCGACACUCUUGGUCGCUCAACACGACUGCGUGGUGAAUGGUGCACAAGGCUCAUAUGCUGGUAUUGGAAGUCAGCACAUCACAGAAGCUAUUAUUUUCGCCUGGAGGCAAUGAAACUAGACGUUGUUGCAAGUCCUCAGAUUCGGAGUCUUCGCUACCAUCUGGUCAACGGUGCAAUGGCCCUUCGAGACAGAACACUUUCCGCCCCCUUCACGGAACGAAAAGACGUGCUCUAAGCCUGGUCCUUGCAUCAGUGGCAGCACUGCAUUGGACAACAUUGGCAUCCCCGGUCCUGGAUGCCAAACUUCCCCUUUUUUACGAGUCCUCUGCUGUGAUUCCUUUGACUGUUCCUCAACGCCUCUGCCUUCCUGAAUGGGUCUGAAAUGGAGGUCAUGGUCAUGGCCACAAUUGUUUUCGGCGAUCAGAUUGAUGUUCGACUGGGGCAAUGUAGGUCGUCCUCUCGGGGUAUUGGAAGUAGGGUGAUGCUUCAAGGUCGAACGAGCGUGAGAGUCAAAACAGAGCUAUGCCAUUCGAGGGCUGUCGUGCAAUUGGCCUGAUGAGCUUGUCAAAACAUUGUCGGUCUGCGAACGCCGACAACCAAGAGACAUACGAAUGAAGGUACGCAUCUCUCGAGAUGCAUACCAUGUUUGACCUAUGGCCAGGACGAUGGCAAGAGCCAAACCAACAAUAGCGAGGACCUCAUCUGCCGACAUCGAAGGAUGCAUUGGUAGCAAUUGUAAUCGAGGUGCUCGAGUGAAGGAAUUGAAGCAAGUAUAGUAUGAUUAUUGAUCCAGAUAUGAGAUAAAGUAGGCUAGGCAACAAAUGCUGCAAAGUUUUGGUGUGAGGA